AUGUUUUUCCUGGUGGAAACAGACCUGCUCCUGGUGGAUGCGGCGAAUGUGCUGUCCAGGGCGCGCGCGGACACCCGUCGCGGCUGCCGCCUGCCCGGCGACAGCGUGGCGGCCAGCUUUGCCGACUGGCUGCGCUUCCUCGCGGCGGUCGCCGAGCCGCAGCUGCUGGUGGCCGUGUUCGACACCCCCAAGAGCAGGCGCCUGCAGCAGCCGCAGCAGCGAGAGCAGCUCGCUCCCGAGUAUCUCCAGCACCGCAAACGGCGCAAGCUGCAGCAGGCGGGUGAGGUAGCUGCUGCAAGCACCAGCAACGGCACGGCGGGCAGCAGCACAGGCGCCAACAGGCCCAGCUUACCUGGCGGCGACCCGCUGCGUCCCUUCAAGCAGCAAGUGGAGCAGCUGGGUGGAGUGUACCUGGAGGCGGCAGGCGGCUGGGAGGCAGACGACGGCAUGGCGGCGGUGUGUCGUGCCGUGCACCAGCGCCACCCAGCUGCCAGCGUGGUGGUGGCAUCUGGCGACACAGACAUGCUGCAGCUACUGGCGCCCCAGGUGUCAUGGCUGCAGCUGCACAACCAGACGAGCUUGGGCUGCCCGUUGGGGGCGGAGCUGGUUACUGCCGAGGCUUUCCAGCAGCAGCACGGCUUCCCGCCCUCCGCCUACCCCGACUGGCUGGCCUUCACCGGCAAGAAGGAGGCCAGCAUAGCAGGGGCCAGCGUGGGGGCCAGGACAGCGGCCAAGCUGCUGGGGCGGUAUGGCAGCCUGGAGGCUGUGCUGGCGGCGUCUGCCGCGGGGCAGCUCAAGGGCUGGGGCCCAGCGGUGCAGCACCUGCUCGACGACAGCAGCCCCAACAGCGGCGGCGGCCAUCGUGAGGCGCUCCUGCGGCGCAACCGCCGCCUGUUUGCUGCAAACUCUGAUCCGGCGGUUGUAGGGCAGCACGGCAUGCAUCAGCUGCUGGCAGCAUUGGAUAAGCUGCAGCCUGCGGUGCGCUCGCCUGCCCCAACUGCGAGCACUGCCACCAGUAGCGACUGCGGUGCCAAUAGCUCCUCCGCUCAGCCACCAACCAGCUGCAGCGGCAGCCUGCCCAUUGAGCUGGCCUGGCAGCACCCUAUGCAUGUGCGGCGGUGGCGCCACCUCCAGCAGCAGCUGGCAGCAGGGGCGGUGAACAGCCUGGCUAGCCGCCUUCACCAGGCAGUGACCCUCCAGGGGCUGGCAGUGGAUGAGCUGUGGGAGUCUCCCGGUGCUGAGGGUGCGCCAGCCAGCGGCCGCGGAGCCACUUUUUACGUCUGCCCUUGCGAUGUGGCGGCCGGCAGCUGGGAGUGCGCCGCACAAGCAGUGCGGCGGCAGCAGCAGCAGCAACCAGCUGGGGGGAACCACACGGCAUCGCUCAUGCCGCUGCUGCACGGUGCGAUGCGGCACCACGUGCAGCUCGUGAAGCGUGCCGGAUACUGCGUUCAGCUCAGGCUGCUGCCUGCAGGCGAGCCCAGCUGA